AUCAUAGCCCCGCCUCCCCACCUACUUCCCUCUCUGAGUGGCUGCAGGACUGCGGAGGUUAGUUCCCAUUGGCCAUCAACAGGCACCAGCUUUGCGCGUCGGGAGCCGGAGCGGAAGUCGCCAUGGUGCGGUUCAAACACAGGUACCUGCUCUGCGAAGUGGUGUCUGACGACCCCCGCUGCCGCCUGAGCCUGGAUGACCGCGUGCUGGGCGGCCUCGUGCGGGACACGGUCGCCCGCCUGCAUGGGACCUUCGGCGGCGCCGCCUGCUCCAUCGGCUUCGCGGUGCGAUACCUCAACGCAUAUACUGGAAUAGUGCUACUUCGAUGCCGAAAGGAGUUCUACCAGCUUGUGUGGUCGGCUCUUCCCUUCAUCACACACUUGGAGAACAAAGGACACCGUUACCCGUGUUUUCUCAACACCUUGCACGUGGGAGGCACCAUUAGAACAUGCCAGAAGUUCCUGAUUCAGUACAACCGGAGACAGCUGCUGAUCUUGUUGCAGAACUGCACUGAUGAAGGGGAGCGGGAAGCCAUCCAGAAGUCUGUCACAAGAAGCUGCUUGCUGGAGGAGGAACCGGGUGAGGAGGAGCUUUCCGAUGGCGGCGAGGCGGCUGCUGCAGCAAUGGAGUGAACCCCUGCUGGCUUCACGGUGCCCAAGCUCAGCCCACUUGUAGGAACAGGGCAUUCUGGGAGGCGCUGGAUCUUCUACAUUCCCAGGAUCUCCUUUCUCCAUCAUAGAAUGGAUGUUGCUCAAAGCCCUGACACAUCUGAGAUUUGUGGCUUUUGCCACAAAAAAAACCCCUUUCAUGUCAGGCUGGAACUCUCAAAUCCCCCCCCCGAGUUCCUGACCCUGGAUCUCUGAAUGGCUUUCGGUUAAGAAUGACAGGUUAUAGCUACUCCCAGCUCACAGUCAUACUAGCCGAUACUUUAACCUGCUUAUAAGAAGUAUGUCUAGCUGACCUGAGUUGAACUUACAAAA